CGGAGGCCCAGCGUGAUGGCCGAGGAGGACCCCCAGCAGCACGCGGAGCGCGGGGCGAGGAGUCAGCCGGGCCUGCUCACCGGGCUGCAGGGCGCUGAGGCCAGUGCGCUGCAGCUGAGGAUCAACAACUCCAUCUGUAAAUCGGUUCAAUCGAAAGUGGAAACAAUUCUGCUGGAUGUGGAGAAGUUCUCAGACAUUGAAAAACUAUACCUCUACCUUAAGUUGCCUUCUGGUCCAAGCAGUUGCAUUGAUAAAAGUGACCAGAGCGCCCUCUCCUCAAGCCGAACACAGCAGAUGCAUGCGAUCAACUGGAUCCGCCAUCAUUUAGAGGAAUACCCAGAGACAUCUCUUCCCAAACAGGAGGUCUAUGAUGAAUACAAGAGCUUCUGUGACAAUCUCAACUACCACCCACUGAGUGCUGCAGAUUUUGGAAAAAUUAUGAAAAAUGUCUUCCCGAACAUGAAGGCGCGUCGACUCGGCAUGAGGGGAAAAUCAAAAUAUUGCUACAGUGGACUGAGGAAGAGGCCCUUUGUUCAAAUGCCAUCUUUACCCUCUUUGGACCUCCAUAAAACAGGGGAUGGGCUCCAGUGUGAUGUCUUAGAGUCCUCGAGCCAGCUGAGUAACAUAAAGGAAGAUGUGCGAUUUGCAGCCUGUGAUCUGGUGUGUGAGUGGGCCCAGAAGGUGCUGAAACGCCAGUUUGAUGCCGUGGAAGACUUGGCUCGCUUCCUGAUCGACAGCCAUUACAUCAGCAAUAAGUCCCUGGCUGCUCUCACUAUCGUCAGCGGCUCUGCAACAGAGGUUAAGCCUCCACAGACGGGUUCGGCGUUCCUCCUCACUGCGGAGGCUCACUCCUUCCAGCCUCAUGUGACCACCCUUUCCUCACCGUCUGUUGAUGCGAAGCAGCAGCUCCAGAGGAAGAUCCAGAGGAAACAACAAGAGCAGAAGCUGUACUCUCCUUUACCUGGGGAGGGACAAACCAAGAGGGCAGAUGAUAGUGUCCCAUGUCCCAGCCCAACCCCUCCGUCACCUCAGCCGGCCAUCGGCAUCGUGGUCUCUGCCGUCCCGAGCCCCGUCACGGUACAAAGAAGCAGGCAGCUGUUGUCCCCGAGCCCGAUGGGAGCCGUAGAGAGCAAAAUGCUGCCUAUUAACAUCCAAAUGCUAACUCAGCCAGUCCAGACAGUGAAACCGAACCCCAAAACCCCACAAAAUAUUCUAACCAGUCCAGUGGGAGAACGCACAGCUCGGCAGCGCUAUGCUCAAAUCCUGCCAAAACCCGUGGCCACGACUGCUAUCACUUUGCGCUCGCCCUCCACAAUGAUCAUCGGCAGGAGCCCCGUCAAGACCGUGAUGACCACAUGUCAUGUCAGCCCGGUCAGUUUGGUCCAGAUGAAAGCCGUCUCACUCGCACCCAACAGCUGCAAUAUGACCACUUCCCCCGCAAACGCCACUCUGCGGCCGGCCUCCGCGGGCAUUAGUUGUACUACGGUUGCAGAAGACAUCCGUUCCAAUCAAAGCAUGAGGAGUACCUCUGCGGUCCCCAAUCUGACCCCUUUCUCCGUUUCCGGGCAGACUCUUAACACUCAAAGCAUCGAUGUUGAAAUGGAAGUUGAAGCUAUACAUGAAUACAGCCAAAUGCAAACUCCUGGUGCUGUUUUAUUCCCUCAAGAGCCAAUGGCAAAUAGGCCUGGAGGGGCAUUACAGAGGGCUGCCAGUGUGCCCAUACCUCAGUCUAAAGGCUUCUUGGGCGUGGAGGACACAUCCCUCACUAAUUGCAAUGGAGUUUUCUCUACAAGCUCUAACACUGUGGCAACGGUCAAUGAUGGCGCUAAUAAUACAAGGGCUCUGUACUUAACUCCCUCCACUGAAAACACCAGCGUUGUUUCUUCACUGAACACCAGCACACCACCUUCAUUUGGGGGAAGCAGCAGUCUAAUAUCAGUAAAGGAUGGUUUCCUGCCCGCUAAGAGCCUCAGGAAACGUUCAGGCCACAGUCCAGACUUUUCCCCCAUCAAAAGGGCUUUUAUACCCCAGCAGCCAAUAGAGGGCGCUGCUGGUUAUGGAUAUGGGAUUAGAAACGUUGUCGGUGACAUUCUCAGGCAAGGAGCCCCAACUAGACCUGAAAGUGCACCUGCUGCCAGAGAGAUAGAGACAAAAAUGAUCAAUCUCCCAUGCGCUCACGUCCACGCACCCUGCACUUCCUCUGUCAGAUGCAGCGGCUUCUACUCUGUUGCCAAAACACAGAGCUCAGUACAGAGAAAAUGCAUGUCCACUGUUAUGGAAACUUGCACCUCAGCACAUGGCGUACCUAAUAACCCCAGCCACCAAACACAUUCGGGUGUGGGUGAUGUUAGGAGUUCAGCCACAGGGAGCCUGGAACAAGCUCAACAACAUACCUAUCCUUUGUCUAUUCCUGUUACUACCCCCUUAGGCUUUUUGAAUCCUAAUCCAGCUUCAUCGUCGAACCAGCUUUCCAUGCAGACGGAUACAGACUACUUCACCUUGGACGAUGAUGUGACUCAGGACAGCAUUGUGGAGGAGCUGGUGCAAAUGGAGGAGCAGAUGAAGCUUAACAACCUGCAGGAAUUUGGAGGCGGUGCCACACUGCAGGGCCAACAGGCCGUGAUGCCAGACAACGCAAUGUCUAACAACCAAACCAUGACUUCUUACCAUCACGUGGCAAACUGCCGCAGCAACCCGAUCCAUACUCCAACACAAACACCUACUCCAACUCCCACACCCACAUCCGAAAUGAUGGGAGGGAUCCAAGGCUUUACCAGCGAGAGCCCAUUCUCCCGAAUCGCCUCCACAACCCCAGUGGAGAGCGCACUGGGGAGCAGCCGACACACACCAGUUGGCACUCCCCACUCCAACUGCAGCAGCACCGUGCCUCCCAGUCCAGUGGAGUGCAGAAACCCGUUUGCUUUUACGCCCAUCUCCAACUCCAGCAUCACUGGUUUCCACGACGGCAGCACCAUCUCCAGCAGUCCAGUCAAGCCCAUGCAGAGGCCGAUGGCAACCCACCCGGACAAGACCAGGCUGGAGUGGAUGAGCAACAGUUACAACAGCAGCAACGGAGGCUUAAACAAAGCAAUCCUCCCCAGCUACCAAAGCCUAAUAGGUGACCACUUCCAAAAACCUCACGCUUUCGCCGUCCCUCACGCACGGCACCACGACAGCCAUUUGGGGCGCUUGACUCCCAUCUCGCCCGUGCAGCAGCAGGGCGCUAACAUGGGCAAGCAGGAGGGCUUCGCUGUGCCGGCGCCUCUGGAUAACAAAUCUAACAACACCCCUUCUACUCCUUUUCGAUGUCGCAGUGUAAGUCCUGCUGUGCAUCAGAGGAACCUUCCCCAUGUCCCCCGUUCAGUCGCGUCCCCUUUUAACUCUCCUGUGACCCCAGAGAUGUUGAACAUCUUUGCCCACGGCCAGACAAGUUUUGGGGUGAACAGCAUGGCGCAGAGGAGCCAUUCUGUACCGCUCAACAUCAUGAUGCAAACUGAGGUCGGGCCCACGCCGGGACAACACUACAACAGCAAAAACAUCUCUAAUGUCCUUCUGAGCAAGCUGGAUGGGGACCACGACGACAGUGUUCGGGGGCUGGGCAUCAAUCAUUUAUCCUCCAGCUACACUGCACGCAUGAACCUCACCCAGAUCCUCGAGUCCGACCCCAGCCUCUCCUGCAGUGACCACCAGUUCAGCCUGAUGACCUCUGACUCCACCAGCAGAUGCAGCUUGCAGAGGCAGAAUGAUCUCAUCGAAAAUGCCAUUAAUGAACAAAUGAUGCUCUCAAUAGCUGACAGCCAAGUGCAAUCUGCUUCUAGAGAGCAGCAUCUACAACAAGCCCAGUCUAUGUUGUUAACGUUGAGCUCACAGCAGCAUCAAGAAGAACUGCAGCAGCAGUUGGAUUUCAGCAGCACUGUGAAAGAGCUCCUGGCAGACAACAGCCUUACCGCUGGCAGUCAGCUCAUGGACCCGGUGUCCGAGCUAACUGCGGGCACAGUGGAUUUCCCUUGUGAAAUCAGAAUGACAUCGGAGCUCUCCAGUAGUAUCAAUGACCUUAACGCAUUGGACACAGACCUUCUGUUUGACCCCAACCAGCACCAAGGGCAAUAUCAACACCCGGCCGCAGAGGAGGAGUUUGUGAAUGAUGUGCUGUUUCAGCAAAUUACCAGCGACACAGCACAUUCAAGUGGACUUGAUUGGCUGGAAAGCAAAGAUCAUCCAACUGUUGGGUUGAUGAGUUAGAGCUUUUUUAGGUCAUGUUGAACAUGUUAACCUCUGUUUUGCGUGUGUCUAUUUAUCUUCAGGUGUUUACACUUUAUAAUGCAACUCUGGACGUAUUUAUGUUUUUUCUAGUUUAAAAGUGCCAGACGGAGCUGCAAUGGCGCUGCAGAUAUCUGAUUAAAAUGCUGGUCAUUUUCAUUUAAUCAGAGGAUAUUGCCUCACAUUGUUUGAUCAAGAGCAUUUACAACAAGUUAAGAAAAGUUACCAUACCCAAAAAAUCUUUUAGAUCUUUUAAAGAAAUCACAACUGAGUCAUGGAUCUCUUAAUGUAAAGAACCAAGACUUUUACUAAACUAUUUCUUGAUAUCAUUAUGUCAAACUCUUAACAAAAUCAUAAUGUAAAAUAUGUCUGCUGAACUAAUAAUGUGUCUCACAUUUGCAACAUUUGUGUGUGGAUUGAAAAAAAUGUAUCAAGUUAUCUUUGCAGAAGCAUUAGGCAUCAGUCUACUUUAUGUAGAUUUUCUAUUGCUGAAAAAGAUAUUAACAAGACAUGCUUGAGGGCCUAAUUCACCCCUAGAAAUCUAUUUGAUAUAUUCUUAUGAUCUACUGGAGUUUGCAUAGAGCAUAAAAUAGUUUGAUGGAGUACAGUAACACUUGAAGUCUAACUAAUUCCUAAAAGAAAGUGAUCACUUUCCACAUUUUCAAGCUUUGAAAUAUUGUUCAUUUUUUCGUGACAGUCAUCGCACUCUGUGCCUCUCUGAAUUUAAAGAGUCAACUGAGAGAAUCUCUAAUGUCUUAGUCACCCUUAGAAUCAAACGUCUCAAUACACAGCUCAGAAUACUUGAUGAUAUCAAUAGUAGAAUUAGACCUUUUGCUUGUUUUUGGUUUUAGAGCCACACUUUUCAAACGUUGGAAAAAAAUGAGAAAUUGUGUUGAACUUUAAAGUAGCAGAAACUCUAAUGAAGAUCUUUUAUUUAAAUGGGAAAAGCAUUUCUUUGUAAACUGUUAAGUCCAUAGAGAUAUUAAUAAAACCAGCACAAGGGGUCUGCUCUUGACUACCUGUAGAUCAAAAUGGAAAGAAUCAAUUAAAGAAACCAUUUGAUAAAAAUUAAACUAAACCCCAUAAAUGUGGGGUUCCUGCACUUUGAGACUAUGAUUCUUUGUAACAGAAAAGUUAUGGGACAAAUAUUAAUAACAAUUUCCCUUAGAAUUCAGAAAAUGCAUUUUGUAUUGUUUGCACAUACCUUCUUUAAUUCAAAGGUGAAGGUUUUUAUCUAAUAAAGGCUUGAGUAAAUUCUUUAAACUGCAAAACUGAACUCCUUGUUUCAAAAAACUUGAAUACUUUUUUCUUCUAAUGUAGCACUCAUACCGCACUGACAAUCUGAAAUGCUUGUAUUUCUUUACAUAAAUGCACCAAUUUUAAUUUUAAUAAUAGAGGAACGUGUUUAACUGCGUGGCCUUAGUGAUUUAUGAAAUCACUGGUCAUAUAUGAAAGUCCUUUUGUGCACUGAUGAAGAGCUGUGUGUGAAGAAGUCAUGCACCCUGAUGAGAUGAGAAUGACGUUUGCUCCCUGAAGGUUUUGGUUUCUGAGCCUUAUGUCCAUACCAAAGACUAACUGUUAAACAUAACCUGCAAAAACAUGCACUAAGAUACUGACAUACUGAGUUAUGUUUGGUUACAGCCAUAACUAUUAUAUUCUGUAAUGUGAUAAAUACAAUGGAAUAGCUUAAACAUCUGGGACAGUUGCAUCAUUGGAAAAACAUUUCUUUAUAUAAUCAGGACAAUGUCGAGGAUCGUUUGUAUACUGUUGACGCUUUAAUAUAACUAACUAAAUAAUGUUUUAUGGAGGCAAAAUACACUGUAAUUUAUCCUGUUUGACUUUGUUAGCAUUAGAGAAUGUUUCAUUUUAUUUUCAAACAGAGUGUUUGUGUUUUCUGAGUGCGUUGUUUGUACAUAAGAGGUUGUGAACCAUAUAAUCUUGGGAAUUCACAAUAAUCUGACUUGCACUGUAAUGAUGUUUUCUAGCAUACAUUUUAGGGGUCAUAGCAUAUUACCAAAUAUCAUAUGCGCUACUUUGUUUCAACUGAUGAUUUGUCUUAUGCGGUGGAUAAUUUGAAUAUUUCACACAACUAUCAAAAUUCAAAACUUUCAAAAUGUGAAAAAUUUUGGCAGGAAAAUGUACCAGAAAAUAUUUAAUCAUGUUUUUAACAAUAUUAAAAUAUUAACAUAAAACAAUCUGGAACUAUAAGAUGUAAUACAAACGUCAUAAAUAUUAUGAACAUUGUGUUGCUAAAAUAUUGCGUUGGAUUAUACAUUUAAAAACAAAUUACAUUUCUGCAAAGCGGAGUAUGUAUGUAAUAUAUAAUCUCAUUUGGAGUAUGAUUUUCUUAUUUAUGUUUUAGUUAGUCUUUUCUGUGUCUGUGAAAAAAAAACAAAGCAAUUAUUUGAUUACCACUGGUUUGUGUUUGAAGAAGACUUUACCCUUCCUCUUGCUGAAAG